AUGUUCUGCAGUCGUUUCCUAACUCUUCCGUUCAUCGAACCGAUACCACCGAAUCCGUUAAUGCCCAGAAACCGAUACGCUCUGACAUUGCACAUCGUUGACCAUGGUCUAAUCUCUAAUCAGAGGUAUUCAUAUAGAGGUUCGGAUGAAAGCCUGGAAGUGGAGCUGAAUCGCACAUGUGACGAGACGCGUUUUGAAGGCGGUCAACGCGUCUUUUCCCCGUAUUCCGAGCUGUCGGAGGCGCCGCGCAGCUGUCUCGCCUCACUCGUUCGUUGGGUGUCUAUGCUCGGACCCAGCUUGCCAAAGAUGACACCUGGACCAAACCGCCAUCGUUCUAGCUUCUUCACUUAUCUCGUCUCCAGGGAGAUGCCCUACCAACGACGCCAGGCUUCGAAACUUGACUGCACAAUUCUUACGUGUACUUACGCGUUCGCACCUUUCCGCUCUCACUGCAGGAGCGAGCAAGAAUUAUUAGGACCGAAAACCCCAGUCCGAAAACGUAAACAUGGAAAAUCUCGUUUCUCCCUAUGUAAAGCGCGCCGUUCCCUGCAGUAUCUGGUUCAAACAGGAAACGGUCUCUUCCCUGCUAAACUUGCCCAUUCGUGUAUUUACGAUAGCGGUACCAUUAAUCGUCAAAAUACUCUCCCGAACGUACACGAAUCGCGUUUCAUGUUCACCAGGCCGGGUCCAUCGGGCCGAUAG